UCUACCUUGGAACUAGCGCGUAGUACCGAAAAAUAAGGCUACAUAAGCUGGAGUGAAUACGCAGUACGUUAAGCAUGGGACGAGAAUCAAGGCAUUACAGGAAACGGUCAUCAUCCAGGGGACGCUCUGGAAGCAGAUCCAAAAGUAGAUCGCCAGACUCGAAGCGUUCCAAGAAAGACGACCGGGCUGGCUCUCGCAACCGUGACCACAGCAGAAGAGAGCGGUCCAGAAGCAGAGAGCGCCGGAGGUCUCGGUCCAGAGACCGAAAGCGUCAAAGGCGAUCAAGGAGUCGAGACAGGAGGCGAUCCAGAAGUCGGGAUCGCAAGAGGUCAAAGAGUAGGAGCAGAGGGAGGAGGUCAAGAUCUUCCAGUCCGAGUAAAAGUCGAAAAAACGAUGAAAGGUCUCACAGCAAGGAGAAAUCAGACAACGGAGAGCAGUCAGCAGAGAAGAAAAAAAUAAAGGAAGAGAAGGAGGAAAUAAAGGAGAAAGAUGAAGAUGUAAACUUCGAUCAUAACACAUUGGAGGAGGAGAUGAGGAAGAGGAAGGAGCGUGUGGAGAAGUGGCGAGAGGAGCAGAGGAAGAAGGCCAUGGAGAACAUUGGUGAGAUCAAGAAAGAGCUUGAGGAGAUGAAGCAAGGCAAAAAAUGGAGCCUGGAGGAUGAUGAUGAUGAUGAUGAAGAAGGCCCAGUGUCAAUGGAGACUGAAGGGGAGGAGGGGAAAGGGGGGGAGAAAGAGGGGGUGACGGAGGAGAGCAAACCUAUGGAGGAAGAGGCUGGUGAGGAGCUAGAUCCCCUGGAUGCCUACAUGGAGGAGGUUAAAGAGGAGGUGAAGAAGUUUAACAUGGGCACAAUGAAAGGGGGAAAUGGCAAGAAGGGAGGGAUGACUGUGACCAAGGUUGUGACUGUGGUGAAAACCAAAAAAACACCACACACCACCAAGAAGAAGGGAGAGCUAAUGGAAAAUGAUCAGGAUGCUAUGGAGUACUCAUCUGAAGAAGAGGAGGUGGACCUGCAGACUGCUCUCACUGGCUUUCAGACCAAGCAGCGAAAGGUUCUGGAGCCUGUGGACCAUCAGAAGAUAGAAUAUGAGCCGUACCGGAAGAACUUCUACGUGGAAGUCCCUGAGCUGGCCCGAAUGACAGCAGAGGAGGUGAAUGAGUACAGAUUGGAACUGGAGGGGAUCACAGUGAAAGGCAAAGGCUGCCCCAAACCAAUCAAGACAUGGGUUCAGUGUGGGACAUCAAUGAAAGUCUUAAAUGCCCUUAAAAAGCACAACUACGAGAAGCCCACUCCCAUCCAGGCACAGGCCAUACCCGCCAUCAUGUCCGGCCGCGAUCUCAUUGGCAUCGCUAAGACGGGCAGUGGGAAAACCAUCGCCUUCCUCCUGCCCAUGUUUCGCCACAUUUUGGACCAGAGGCCGUUGGAGGAAGGGGAGGGGCCCAUCGCUGUAAUCAUGACCCCUACGAGAGAGCUGGCCCUGCAGAUCACCAAAGAGUGUAAAAAGUUCUCCAAACCACUGGGUCUGAGGGUGGUGUGUGUGUACGGAGGCACGGGCAUCAGUGAGCAGAUUGCUGAGCUGAAGAGAGGAGCAGAGAUUAUCGUGUGCACUCCAGGGCGAAUGAUUGACAUGCUGGGUGCCAACAGUGGCCGCGUGACAAACCUGCGGAGAGUUACCUACGUGGUCGUGGAUGAGGCAGACCGAAUGUUUGACAUGGGCUUUGAACCACAGGUGAUGCGGAUUGUGGACAAUGUUAGGCCAGACCGUCAGACGGUGAUGUUUUCUGCUACUUUCCCACGAGCCAUGGAGGCGUUGGCCCGGCGGAUCUUGUCAAAACCUAUCGAGGUGCAAGUUGGAGGCAGGAGUGUGGUGUGCUCGGAUGUGGAGCAGCAUGUGAUUGUGAUUGAGGAGGAUAAGAAGUUCCUGAAGCUGCUGGAGAUCCUGGGCCACUAUCAGGAGAAGGGCUCUGUCAUUAUCUUCGUGGACAAACAGGAGCAUGCUGACGGCCUGCUCAAAGACCUGAUGAAGGCCUCGUAUCCCUGCAUGUCUCUGCACGGAGGCAUUGACCAGUACGACAGGGACAGCAUCAUCAAUGACUUUAAGAAUGGUGCCUGCCGGCUCAUGGUGGCUACGUCUGUGGCCGCACGAGGCCUGGACGUCAAACAGCUCAUCCUGGUUGUCAACUACAGCUGCCCCAACCACUACGAAGACUAUGUCCACCGGGCCGGACGGACAGGCCGAGCCGGUAACAAGGGUUAUGCCUACACGUUCAUCACAGAGGAACAGGCACGAUACGCGGGUGACAUCAUCAAAGCCUUGGAACUUUCUGGGUCUCUGGUCCCACCAGAGCUGGAGCAGCUGUGGACCACCUUUAAGGAGCAACAGAAAGCUGAGGGCAAAACCAUUAAGAGCAGUAGUGGUUUUUCUGGGAAGGGCUUUAAGUUUGAUGAAACGGAGCAUGCGCUGGCCAACGAGAGGAAGAAACUGCAGAAAGCCGCUCUAGGCCUUCACGACUCGGAUGAUGAGGACACCGCCCUGGACAUUGAUGAGCAGAUUGAGAGUAUGUUUAACUCUAAGAAGCGGGUUAAAGACUUGUCUGCUCCGGGAGGCAGUGGAGCCGCUUCCGGCCCAGGGGUUGCCGGGGUCACAGCCGCGGCCGCCACCCUGGGCAGCCUUGCCACGCCUUCAGCUGGAAACAUCCAGAAACUAGAGAUUGCCAAGAAGCUGGCACUGAAGAUCAACGCCCAGAAAAACCUGGGCGCUGAGGCUCAGGUUAGUGAUGUGAUGCAGCAGGCCACCAACGCCAUCCUGAGGGGUGGAACCAUAAUCGCUCCCUCUGUCUCCGCUAAAACCAUCGCCGAGCAGUUAGCCGAGAAGAUUAACGCCAAGCUGAACUACAUCCCCGUGGAGAAGCUAGAGGAGGAGCGUCAGGCGGCUGAGCAGGCUGAGAGCAUCAAGAGAUACGAAGAGGAGCUAGAGAUCAACGACUUCCCUCAGACUGCCCGGUGGAAGGUCACAUCGAAGGAGGCUUUGCAGAGGAUCGGCGAGUAUUCUGAGGCUGCCAUAACCAUCAGAGGAACCUACUUCCCCCCAGGCAAAGAGCCCAAGGAGGGGGAGCGCAAGAUCUACUUGGCUAUCGAGAGUGCGAAUGAGCUGGCUGUACAAAAAGCCAAAGCAGAGAUCACAAGACUCAUUAAAGAGGAGCUUAUCCGACUGCAAAACUCUUACCAGCCAGCCAUCAAAGGAAGAUACAAGGUUUUAUAGGUGUACCCAUAUGGAGAACACACACACUCUUCCUCUAUUUCACAUCGACAAACACACACACACUCUUCCUCUAUUUCACAUCGACAAACACACACACACACACACUCUUUAUUGUCUCUGGUUAAAAGUAUGAUUGCCAGGACAUUGUGUGAAAUGUAAUGUAAACCAUGAGAAGUCCUGAUAGCACUGAUUUAGAGGUUUUUAUCUUUCUACCCCCUUAUUCUUUUACUGUCUUUUAUCCAGAAGUUCUGCAAAGAUCAUUUUCAAUUGGUGUGUAGUGUGUGCAAAUAGGUAAAAUCUUCAUUUUGUUUGCUCUCGAUCGCUGAGGUAUCCACAGAUCAUUUUGACCCGCCUAAAAGUCAAAAACUUUCUUUCCCUGCGGUCUGUCCUUAGUUAAUAACUUGUUCAGAUUAUGCGUCUUUAAAAUCUGUGGGAUUUUUUUUUGUGGUUUGUUUUGUUCUGACCCUUGUCUUCAAGUCACUCAGUCUUAGGCAGUUUAUCAGACAUGCUAGUCAAAUGUCUUUUGCAGGAUUUUCUGUGUGACUUUAUGGAAAUAUUAAAUGUGUCGCUUGAAA